UCAAUCAUUUUUCCACAACACAGUUUCAUUUAAGAGCUGUACUAUCUGGCAAUCUGAUUACGAAUGGUAUAGUCUAAUGCAAGACACGUUCGUAAAUCCCAGUUACAGCAGAGUAGCCUACAAUAUUAGUCCGUGGGGAUUUUAGAUGAGACAACGCGUUGUAGUUUCAAGUGUUGUGUCUACGUUACUACCGUUCCCAAGAUUCUCUGUAGGCAGUGGCACAGUGUUUCCGGAGUUUGUGUCGUUAGGGGGAAGGUGGGCGCCCGGGACCUGUUGGAAAUGACGGGACGAGAAAUCGGAUACCAGUGCGCAAAUCGAGCCGAACACCCCCGAAGAUAAGACACAACUUCAGACCAGCAGAAGGGUUAUGUCCAAUGGAGACCCUGAUGAGCGCUGUGGGCCCGCGGGGCCUGGCCCCGGCCAAGCGGGCCUCGGAGGUGGACUUCCGCUCGGGUACAGCGCUGGAGCAGCUCUCGGCCCAGGUGCAGGAGCUGGUGCAGCUGGAGCAGUGCGAGUUCGGGGACCAGACGGCCCUGGAGGUGCACACCGCCAAAGACUUCAUCUUUAACAUGCUUGGCCUGGUGCAGAAGGUGGACCAGCGUCUCCCCGUCUCUAACGAGUACCUCCUGCUGAGCGGCGGUGCUCGCGAAGGCGUCCUGGACCUCAACCCCGAGGAGCUGGGAGACUACGCCAAGGGCGUGGACUUCGACCUGGACUUCACGCUGCUGGUGCCCGCCAUCAAGCUGCACGACCGCAACCAGCCCGUCACGCUGGACAUGCGCCAGUCCGCGCCCUGCCACUCCUGGCUCAGCCUGCGCCUCUGCGACCAGGCCAUGCUGGCGCGCUGGCACUCCUGCUGCGAGGACGAGGAGGGCGCGGGUUCGCCCACCGACGCUGAGGACGGCUGCACCGAGAACGGGGAAACGGGCACCGGAGGAGGAGGGGGGAGAGGGGCCCUUCUGUCGCUUCAGCCGCCGUCACCGCAGAGUUUGGACGGGUGCUACUUCUCACCCACGCUGGUUGCCGACUGGUUCUGGGAGGUGGUCGGCGUGGCGGUGGAGGAGCUCAAGCGCAACCCGCAGCGGGGCAUCCCCGUUCCGGACCGCGUGGAGCGCAACGGGCCGGUGACCACGCUGGUGCUGACGGCGGGCACCAGCCGCGUCCUCUAUGACCUGCUGCCCGUGGUGUCGUUCCGCGGCUGGCCCGCCGUGGCCCAAGGCUGGCUGACCACCAACCACUUCUGGGACGGCAAGAUCACCGAGGAGGAGGCCAUCAGCGGCUUCUACCUCCUGCCGUGCUGCUCGCCGCGCGGCGGCCGCCCCGACCGUGAGUGGCGGCUCGCGUUCUCCCGCAGCGAGGUGCAGCUGAAGAAGUGCGUGCCGUACCCGAUGGCGCAGGCCUUCCAGGCGGCCAAAGCCGUGCUGACGCGCUUGCUCUCGCGGCCACGCAUGGGCCUGAGCCUGUACCACCUGCGCGCGCUGCUCUUCUGGGCGUGCGACCGGCUACCGGCGGCCUACCUGGGCUGCCCGGAGCGCGAGACGCCCGCGCGGCUCCUCCUGGGGCUGCUGGACGACCUGGCGCACUGCAUCCUGGGUAAGAACUGUCCCAACUACUUCCUGCCGCAGUGCAACAUGCUGGAGCACCUGGCGGACGGCGCCGCCCUGCUGGCGGCCCGCAAGCUGGCGCACCUCCGCUCGGACCCCGGCGAGCACCUGCGGGCUGCGCUGGAACAGGCGCGGCAGGCCAGCCGGCUCAAGAAGGAAGCCGCCGGACUCGCCACCAACGGGUAUGGCCCUGGCGGCGGCGGCCCAGGGGGGCUGUCCUCGUCCCUGGGUUCGCCCGGUGCCCACCAGCUCUCGCCACAGGAUGACAAACUGGCGCAGAGGCUCCAGCAGCUGGUCACUGAGAACCCGGGCAAGUCCAUCUCGGUGUUCCUCAACCCCGACGACGUCACGCGGCCGCACUUCCGCAUCGACGACAAGUUCUUCUGAGACCCGCAGGGGCCCAUGUGGAGGGUGACACUGGGGCUUCUGGUCAAUAAAAUGACUUAGCAAGUGGGGCAAUAGGGGCAUCUACCCUGGGCACACCCACCCUGUAGAGCACAGCGCCCCCUUGAGUCGAGAGUUUGAAGAGCUAAUGAGCUGAAGACGCUUAUGCUUAAGGCUAACCUUUAGAUAUCACACAGAGGUACACACACACACACACACACACACACACACUACACUUUGGUGUAUAACCAAACUGAGUCAUGAAGAACUCUUCGUGAACUCUGCUUAGAAGACACUGGAAUGGAGACUCGUGGAGCUUUUCUACGCCCUGUAUGUUUGCUGUUCAGAUCUGCUGUAAGGUACCCUGGUGAGGCUGGCUUGAUUGGAGCUUUUGCGUAGAGCCUGGCUGACCUCUUCUCUUCAGUUAUUCCCUCACAAGGAGUCUGGAGAUGGCACUGAUAGAUGACAUAAAACUGCUAAAGUGCAAGCUGAAAACUAUCAUUUUUAAAGAAAACCUCAAUUGUGCGAUUGUGUGUGUGUGUGUGUGUGGGUCUGAGUGUGUGAGAGAGCGUGUGAGGGAACAGAAGUGUGUGUUUCCACUGUCCUGUGCACCCUGCUGUUUUCUGAAAACAAGUGACAGCAUGUCGCUGAAAGGGAGCAUCUCUCUCUCUCUCUCUCUCUCUCCUCUCUCCUCUCUCUCUCUAUCCCUCUUUCUCUGUACUACUGAGGGCUGCUGCCUCUUAAGUCUGUUUGUGCUUUUUCGCUCCGCUGUGAGCCGGGGCUCCUUUCACCCCGAGCUCGACAGCACAAGC